AAAAAGAUCUACAAGUAUAAGAAAGUGCUCAGUAAUCCAAGCCGCUUCGAGGUGGUUCUGAAAGAGAUCCGGACUUUGGUGGACAUGGCAUUAACCUCCCCUUUGCAGGAUGAAUCCAUCCAUCAAGCUCCUUUAGAAAUUGUUUCCAAGUUGCUUUCAGAGGCGACCAAUUUAACUACUCAAGAGCAUGAAAAUAUUAUUGUGCAUUGCCGAGAACGCCCGCGAUCCAUGGUGGUUAUAGAAGUGUUCACUCCAGUGGUACAGAGAAUCCUAAAACAUAACAUGGAUUUUGGUAAAUGUCCUCGGUUGCGGCUUUUUACCCAAGAGUAUAUUCUGGCCUUGAAUGAACUGAAUGCAGGCAUGGAAGUGGUAAAGAAAUUUAUUCACAGUAUGCAUGGCCCGACUGGUCAGUGUCCGCAUCCACGCGUCCUUCCGAAUCUCGUUGCUGUCUGUUUAGCAGCCAUUUAUUCUUGCUACGAAGAAUUCAUCAACAGCCGGGACAAUUCUCCAAGCCUGAAGGAAAUUCGGAAUGGCUGCCAGCAGCCUUGUGACCGCAAGCCCAAUCUGCCACUUCGGCUUCUCCACACCAGUCCUGACCUGAUGUCCCGGGAGGCAACGUUGGCUGAAUCCCGCCUCAAAGCAGUCAUUGUCACGUCCAACGAGAUCCACGUCGAGGUGGAGCGCAACAACGUGGCCAACCAGAAGAUGACCGCCAGCGUUGGCAACGACAGCGAGCCCAACCUGAUUGACUGUUUGAUGGUCAGCCCCACCUGCAGUAGCAUUAGCAUCGAACUCAGUGCCCAGGCGGACCGCAUCCUCGGCUGCUUUGUGGAAAUACUCAAGAUGCUGUCAGAUUACGAAGAUUGGAGACCUGCUCUGGCCAGUUUGCUCCAGCCCAUCCCUUUCCCCAAAGAGGCUCUUGCACAUGAGAAGUUCACAAAGGAGCUGAAGUACGUCAUUCAAAGAUUUGCAGAAGACUCAAGGCAAGAAGUCCAUUCCUGUUUGCUGAGCGUGCGGGCCGGCAAGGACGGCUGGUUCCAGCUCUACAGCCCUGGUGGUGUGGCAUGUGAUGAUGAUGGGGAACUGUUUGCCAGUAUGGUUCACAUUUUAAUGGGCUCCUGCUACAAGACAAAAAAGUUUCUGCUUUCCUUGGCUGAGAACAAACUGGGGCCUUGCAUGUUGUUGGCAUUGAGGGGCAACCAAACCAUGGUGGAGAUCCUCUGCCUGAUGCUGGAGUACAACAUCAUUGAGAACAAGGACACGCAGCUUCAGAUCAUCUCAACCCUGGAAAGCACUGAUGUUGGGAAGAAAAUGUACGAGCAGCUUUGUGACCGGCAGAGGGAACUCAAAGAGCUGCAGAGGAAAGGCGGGCCCACCAGGCUAACACUGCCAUCAAAAUCCACGGAUGCGGACCUGGCUCGGCUCUUAAGCUCGGGGUCUUUUGGAAAUUUGGAGAACCUCAGCCUGGCCUUUACCAACGUCACAAGUGCCUGUGCAGAGCAACUCAUUAAACUACCUUCCCUCAAGCAGCUGAACCUGUGGUCAACUCAGUUCGGAGAUGCGGGUUUGCGACUCCUGUCUGAACACCUCACGAUGCUUCAAGUGCUCAACUUGUGUGAAACGCCCGUCACCGAUGCUGGUCUCUUGGCCCUGAGCUCCAUGAAAAGCCUCUGUAGUUUAAACAUGAACAGCACCAAGCUCUCAGCAGACACCUACGAAGACCUCAAGGCUAAAUUGCCCAAUUUGAAAGAAGUGGACGUCCGUUACACUGAAGCUUGGUGAAGAUCCCUCCUGUUGCAUUU